GUGCCUAAGCUUCAUACAAAGCGCACGACAACAUUCCUUCCCAUCUGCCAAACUCCAUCCAUCAUGGCUUCCACAGCCAAAUCUUCCACAUAUAAUUGUAGUCUAUGUUAUCACCUUGAUCGCAGCAGUGUGCAUUGUUUAUCGUUUGAAUCGUUUGCCGGCCGGUGUUUAGUAGAAGUGAAAAUUUUGGUGGUUCUCGAUUUUUUGGAAAAAUGAGCGAGCCAGAGCUUGAAAAUGACAACAACGAAGUCCGGGAUCGUUCCCGAUCUCGUUCCCGUAGUCCGCAGGCACGUCGUUUGUGGGUUCAGGACUUAUUCCUGAACCGAAACGAAACCGGCAACCGGCUACUGAUCGACAUCACGACAUCGGGUAUAUACGAGACGAUGAACCGAUUUUUAAGGAUGAAGAAGGAAGAUUUCUUCCAUUUACUGUCCCUUGUUGGUCCAAAAAUUGCGAAAAUGGACACAGAUUUCCGCGAAGCAAUCACGGAACAGGAAAGGCUGCUGAUAACAUUGCGGUAUCUUGCGACUGGAGAGACAUUUACCAGCCUCCAAUACGUGUUCCGGGUGUCAAGGCAUUCUAUCAGCAGAAUAGUUAAAGAGACGUGCGCAUGUCUUAUCGAGGCUUUGCGGGAUUAUGUCAAGGUAAGUUGCGGGUGUAACCAGCCUCGCUUCAGUGUUUAUGUGUUUAAAACGUUCAGCCCGGUGGCAGGCACCAGGGCCUGCCAGUAAA